AUGGACCCCGUAAUGGUGGAAAGGCCUGCAAAGGAGCCUGAGGCCGUGAAGGAGCGGCAAGAAGAGCAAGAAGCUGAGCUUCACCAACUUAAAGCCGCCGUGGGAGAGCUGAGGGAAGAGCUUCGGGCUGCAUGCGAAGAUAUGCGAGCGGAGCGCGAUGCCCUUCAACUUCAGGUGGAGGCCAAGCUGGGCGCCCUCGAGGAUCAGCUGGCAGCCAUUAAGAAACGAUUGCAGGAAGAAAUGGCGGGUGUUGCAAGGACGCCACUGUGCUGCCAGUGGCUGCCGAGCAACCUUGUGGAAACAGCCACGGAGGAAAUGACGCGGACGAGGUUCGGAAGCAUCGUCCGACUUCGACAGGGACGUCAGCGGGGACGUCAGCAGCAGCAGCGCCCGACGUCACUGCCCUCGCCACUCCGCCCUGUUAAUUCAAGGCACACGUCACCACUUUCCGGCGGGGUUAGAGCUGGGAAGACGAACCCUGUUCGAGCGGUGUCAGACCAAGGACCGGAGCCAGAGGCCACGGGAGAAAGGGCAGAGCGAGAUGAGUCAAGCAGCAUGAGCCGUGAACUCGUGAUGGAACAGCUUGUGAGUCAGAUGAAGCUGUUGGACCAGCUCGUAGCAGGGCUUGACAAGACGGUAGCUACUAGAAGCUUCGUCAGCUGGAGAGACAACGUUCCGGCUCUGGAGCUCUUAGCGCGCUUGCUUGAAGUGAGCAUCCAGGCCAAACGGGUGUUUCUUGAGAGUAUACAACGUUAGGGAGUGAUGUUGGGUAGUAUUUUGUUGCUGAGGGGGACCUGACGUCAGAGUAAGUAUAGAGUAGCCCAAUGACCUUCCUUGACGCCAAUGAAAAUGUGCCGAAAGAGUGGC